AUGUCUUGGACAAAUGAUGUGGUGUUGGAAUUCUUGGAACAUUAUCGGACUGAGCAACUGAUAUGGGACCCCAAACAUCCAUUGCACAGGAACCGUAGCGAGGUCAACGAUGCGUGGCUUCGCAUCCAAAAUAGUCUCAGUAUUCAUAGCUCAAUAACAGAUUUAAAGAGGAAAAAAGAAUCUUUAAUGACAUCAUUUAGAUUACAUAUGAAUAGAAAAAAGAAAUCGUCAAACGAUUAUCGCACGACAUGGUUCGCAUUUCCGCUUAUGGAGAGUUUCUUAGGCGGGAAAUAUGAAUGUGAUAGUUCUGUACAAAUGGAUCAUGAGUACGAUUCAAAUAAUAGCUACCAAAAUACGACACUUAAGCAGUUAAAUGUUAAAAGAAAACUCAAGAAAAAUGGUGCCGAAACUACAUAUGGUAAAACUGAAGCGGUUGAAGCUGUUGACUUUUUGAAAAACGCCACAGAUUUCAAAAAAGACAGAGAUGAAUAUGAUUUAUUUGGGCAACUUUUAGCUAAAAAGCUUAGAAAGUUGGAUGAGCGACAACGUGAUAUCGCCAUGCAUGAGAUCGAUAAUAUAAUGUUUAAUGCAAAAAUGCAGAGUGUGACAGAAGUACAGCCUAGAAGUUACUCUUCAUCUCCACCACCACCAGGACCUGUUAAAAUAAAAUCACCCAUGUAUAUAGUACAACAACACGGACCCUUUGAAGAAGAUAACAUUCCCUAUCCAGAACAUCAACAAACU